UUUAAUUCAGGGGUGUACGAAAUCUACCCCUAUGUUACCAUUACCAGUCCUGUCCCGGCAUACUGCGAUAUGACUACAAUGGGCGGGGGAUGGACGGCAAUCCAAAAGCGAAUUAAUGGAUCCCUGGACUUUGACAGGACCUGGACGGAAUAUAAAAAUGGUUUUGGCGCCCCAGAACAGGAUGUCUGGGUUGGAAAUGACGUUAUCCAUCAAUUAACCAAAGAAGGUACCUCAUCCCUGUAUGUGACCAUAACUCUACAGAAUAGUACAACGCUGUAUGAAAUGUACGACGGAUUCUCUGUCUCCGACGAAGCAGGAAAAUAUCAACUCUUUCUUGCAGGACCUGCCACGGGAACCUUGGGUAAGUGUAUCUACGUUAAUUCCUAAAGGUAUGUCGCACGUGAAAUUUGUGAG